AUGAGUCAACGCGACAAACUACGUGACACUUUUCGUUUGACAGAAGCAACUCAUAGCGAUAUCCUCGAUGAGUUGGAAUCGCUUCUACGACUAUACAACCUCUCUCCUACCGAUCUCAAGUUCAAAUGGGAAGCAUUCUCCUUGAACCUACGACUUGAAAAGGUCGAAAUGACAGUCGAUCUCAUUCGCCAGCUCAAGAUCAACUUGCAACGUGAGUUUGAGCAACAGCUUGAACAAAAACGACGUGACCAAGCCAAGGUCUCCAACCCCACUGCCAUGGAUAUGGGCGAUUAUGAUAUGCAGGUUGACGAAGGCGAGUCGCUUGAAGAUUUUAUAUCCAAGACAAUGGCACGUCCCAAUGCAAGAUCCACGCCACAAUCUCGAACUCCACAAAAUGCCAAAAGUAUGCGUUCUAUUGGACCAUCACGCACAUCGACCUCGUUUGCACAACGCAUGGCUGGCAACACUAUUGAGGAACAAUGCAACCCCCAAUUACCCCUGCGUCAACCCAUUACGGAUUCAACUACCAAAAGAGCAAAAGUGGAUGUGGUGCAAUCAAAAAGUGACAAUUAUCGAUACAUGUUUGAAAAGAUCAGGGACAAGGCUGAUAGUCUUGAUGAGCGGAUCGAGUAUAUUGCUGAACAAAUUGAAAAGCAUUAUCAGCUGGAAGGAGGAUUUGCCAACCCUAGCAGAGCACAUCAGGAUAAAAUAGUGGCUGUGGGCCGUAUUUGUUGCGAUGCAUCCGAAGGAAAAUUGAACCCUCAAUCGAUCGUGUUGGAGACCUCUCGAGAUCUGGGCAUGGGUAAACGAGUACAAAUGGAUAUUCGCAGAUUGGAGCAAUACAGCCUCUUCCCUGGUCAGAUCGUCGGUGUCGAAGGUGUGAACAAUACAGGUCGCCUUUUGGUUGCAGAGAAGCUGUUGAUGCCCCCAUUACCACCUGCUAUGGAUCGAAUGGAUGAUGACAGCAGCAGUAUGACCGAACCUAUUGAUGUAAUUGUAUCGGCUGGACCCUAUACGUUUGAUGAUGAUCUCGCAUACCAACCACUGGAAAGAUUGAUUGAAACCUGUAUCGAGCAAAAGCCGGAUGUCGUUGUCUUGAUGGGCCCCUUUGUUUCCGAAAAUCAUCCUGAUAUCGUCAAUGCAACAAUGGAUCUUACGCCCGAAGAAAUCCUCCAAAAGCAAGUGACACCACAUUUAUCCAAGCUUGCUGAACAAUGCCCAGGAACACAAUUGGUCAUUAUUCCCCAUGCAAACGACAUUAUUCACGAGUACCCCGUGAUCCCACAACCACCGCUACCUCAAUCCGUGCUGAAGCUUGACAACGUACUGACACUGAGCAACCCUGCAAUCAUCGAUAUCAAUGGUACAACACUGGCUCUUGGGAAUACUGAUAUUCUUAUGAACAUCUCUCGGGAGGAAAUUUCAAACAAUUCUUCAAAGGACCGGUUACCAAGGUUAUUAUCACACUUGGUUAGACAACAGAGCUUUUAUCCUUUGUUCCCAUACGCAGCAACCGAUUGCAUUGAUUCAGAACAAUUACCUGAACUUCAGAUCCCUAUCAAACCAGAUGUUAUAGUUGCUCCUUCACAACUCAAGAUAUUUGCAAAGGUUAUGGAUGAGGUCGUUUGUGUCAAUCCUGGAUAUUUAACAAAGCGGCAAAACGGUGGAACCUACGCACGAUGCACCUUCCAUUCGUCCCAAGGAGAGGCCAAAGCAUCACAUGAGAGAAUAAGAGUGGAUUUGACCAAGUUAUAG